UCUCACUAAAAUCGUGUGCUUUAAAGUGAGAAGGAAAUAGGCGCCAUUGUGGUCCAAACACGAAGCUCGUGUAGCUUAACUCUAACGGGCAAUUAGAGCCAAAAUGGCGUUUAACUGUUAGAGAUUCUUGAAAUCGGCUGACAAGUAGGCGAGUUUAAUCAAUGGUUUCUAAACCUUGACUGGAUAGAGGAGAGAUUCAAAGGAUGGCCCGGGUGGUGUUUCUCCAUCCGGAUCUUGGUAUCGGAGGAGCAGAGAGGCUAGUGGUUGAUGCCGCUGUUGCCCUGAAGUCCCAGGGGUGUAGUGUUCAGAUAUGGACGGCCCAUUAUGAUCCAACUCACUGCUUCUCAGAGACCCUGGACCCAGACCUGCCUGUGGUUUGUGUGGGUGACUGGUUACCUACCAGUGUGUAUGGCUACCUUCAUGCUCUCUGUGCAUAUAUAAGAAUGAUCUAUGUGGCUCUGUACCUGGUCUUCCUCAGUGGUGUUGAGUAUGACGUCAUCUUCUGUGAUCAGGUGUCUGUGUGUAUACCUGCACUGCGGUUGUCCCGUCACAGAAAGAAAGUUCUGUUUUACUGCCACUUCCCAGACCAACUGCUGACCCAGAGAACGUCGGCCCUAAAGAAAUUUUACAGAGCUCCCAUUGACUGGUUGGAGGAACGCACCACUGGCAUGGCUGAUAUGAUUCUGGUAAACAGCCAGUUCACCGCAGGCAUCUUCAGGGAGACAUUUCAGAGUCUGAGCAGGGUCCAGAUAGACGUCCUGUAUCCCUCCCUGAACACACAGACCUUUGACCAGGGGUCCACUGAGGCUCAGGGCCUGCAAGGUCUGCUUCCUGAGGGAACUUCUCACAUGUUUCUGUCUCUGAACCGAUACGAGAGAAAGAAGAACCUGGGUCUGGCUCUGGAGGCUCUGGCAGUCCUGAGGUGCAGCCUUACACCUGCUCAGAACGCAGGUGUUCACCUGGUGGUCGCGGGAGGCUACGAUGAUCGCGUUACUGAGAACGUUCAGCACUACAGUGAGCUGAAAGAAUUAGCCGAGCAGCUCUACCUGAUGGACUGUGUCACGUUUCUGCGCUCCCCCUCCGAUUCCCUGAAGGUGGCGCUGCUGCGGGGCAGCACCGCAGUUCUUUACACCCCCAGCAGGGAACAUUUUGGGAUAGUUCCUGUGGAGGCCAUGUAUUGCUGCUGUCCUGUUAUCGCUGUGAACUCUGGGGGGCCCCUGGAAAGCAUAGCAGACGGGGAGACAGGCUUCCUGUGCGAGCCCACCGCUGACGCCUUCUCCAAGGCCAUGGAGAGGCUUAUCAAGGAGCAGCAGCUCUGCAGGGACAUGGGGCAGGCUGGGAGGAGGAGGGUGCAGGAGAAGUUCUCUCUUCAGGCCUUCUCAGACCAGCUCUAUGGGUACAUUGUCCGGCUGAACCAGUGAUGGGAAGGCAGGUGAAACCUAUGACUGCACAGAGGAUUUAAGUGUAAAUGUGAAGGGAGGUGGGGGUGUAUUAAGAAGACAAUUAAUCAGCAUUCCACUGGAGGGGUUGCUGA